AUGACUUCAGAAUCGGAACUCGAACUUUGCUUGUACCCAAAUGAAACAGGUUUCAUUGGGAAACUUUCAUUAACUACAUCGGACGAAACUCUUCUCUCGAAGUCAAAGGUUGCAACUAUCGUUAUUCUCGAUCGCUCUGGUUCAAUGGGUAAUUUUGUUGGCCGAUUUGUUAACCGAAUUCUACCCAGAAUUUUAAAAACAUUGGACUAUGCUAAUGAUCAAAUUAUUACAUUAAUUACAUUUGAUGAUAAUGCAAAUAAGUAUACUAUACCAGUUAAAGAGCUAUCUAAGUUCAAGAUUCAAUCUCAAGGUUGCACUUAUAUGGCACUAGCCAUUUCAAUGCUAAUUCAAACUAUUCUAAUUGAAUUACCAACAGAUUGUCGUACUUUACGAUUGUUAACAAUAUCAGAUGGUGAUGUAGCUGAUCAAGAUCAAGUUCAAACCGAAGCAAUUCAAUUGACUUCAUUGAUCAAAAAUGAUUUCAUCAUUAACUCCCAAGCUGUUCGAUUAUUUACGUCUACAGCUCAGCCUGAUACAAGAGCAGUUUCAAGUGUAUUACAAUUGAACAAUGUAUCACGAGUGAAUUUACUAGAUUUGAAAGCAAAUCUAAGUAAUGAAGAAAUUUCGACAACAAUAGCCAAUUUAUUUUCUAGUGAUGCUCUUGAUCAACGUGCAUUACUCAAAUCGGACGAACAAAUAUUGAAAAGUACACCAUGGCAAACAAAAGAUUCAGACUCGAUCUCUUUAACAUCUGGUGAAAAUUUAUUCUGGCUGAGCAAAUUACCCAUAGGCAAAUUAAUGAUUGGUAACAUGAAUAUCAACUAUAGAAUAGCUGAUGGAUUGACUAUUGAUACGUAUGAAAAACUAUUAAAAACGAAAAUUGAAUAUUUUAUGAAUCAAUUGAAAAUCCUCAAAGUUGUCAAUACAGUCGAAUCGGAAAAGGAAAUCAGUAGCAUACUUGACUAUUUUCAACGCAUUGAAAAUUCAUUGUUAGCUAAUGAAAACGAUCUACCUGUAUUAUUGAAUGAUUCGAGUCUGCGUGCACGUUUACAACAUAUGAAAAGUACCAUUGCUCGAAAGAAAAAGUCAUUUGUUAUGCGCAUGUCACAGAUCGCUAAUGAUGAUAAAGUUUCUCAAUUGAAUUCAGCACAGCAAGCUGAAUAUUUACGUACAAUGGAUGCAUCAUCAAAGAAUGCGUGCGGUUUGGCACGACGCGCUAUCGCAAAAGGAUUAGAUUUCAAUGAAAUUCUUCGAAACGAAAUUCGAAAUAUGGCUAAACAUAUUGACGAACUCAAGGAUAUAGAUGAUAGUGAACAUUUAGCAUCGUUUUAUUCUCAAGAUACUACUCUUGGAGGGAUACGUGCCGUAUGUCAAUUGGUUCAUGAAAAUCUGUUAGAUGAUGUUGAUGCAAAUGGUAUUUUGCAAAUGGUAAAUAUAGUUGGAAUUCCUUGUUCAGGUCCUAUUGGUGAAUUUCCUGAUCCAAUGACAUGGCGUGUUAAUGAGUUAUACCUAGGUUCUUAUGUCAGUCUAUCGGAUGUUUUAACAGUAUUCACUCAGUCUCGUGGUAAACUAUUACAAACACCAGCAACGAACAAAGACAUUAUCAAUGUUAUUCCAAUUAUUGAUGACAAACGUAUCGCUCAAUUUUUACAUUCGUAUGCACCGUCCAUUUUAGAAUAUACAUCGUCUAUUGGUAUGAGACGUUUAUUGGCUGAUGUACCGAUGACUGCUGGCUAUACUAUUUGUGCUGGUAUUUGGAAAUUGGUCGAAGAUUUGAAUGAGAAUAAAUCGGAAUUAUAUUUGGAAUCAUUUGAAAAGUUAGUUAAAACCUAUGAAAUUAUAGUUGGAAACUACUUUGAUCACAUUAUGCCAUAUAUUAAAGAACAAGAUGUUCAAUCAUCUUACUAUAUUGCAAAUAAUGGUAUUACGAAUAUGAUUAGUCCACUAAUUAAAUUGUAUCGUGAAAAUGAUUCGAAAAAAUUACAAUACAUGCCGAAAAUUUUACGGGCUUUAUAUACGUACGAAAUUUGGCAAGCUGUACGUCGACAAUACAAAAAUCGAGAUGAUUCUGAUCUGAUAGCACAAAAAAUGUUGGAUCGAUUAAUAGGACUCGAUUUGAAUAAAUAUAAAACGCCAACACAACCAUUGUUUCAGAAUGAACCAUUGUUAGACGAAAUUCAAUUCCAUGAUAAAGCACAUGUUGAUGAGAAAUACUUGGAUGAACUGAUUGCAACAGUCUAUUACGUUGAUUAUGUUACUCUACUACCUAAAUUCAUUUCUGCCGUAGUCAAUUCUAAUACUAAUAGUAUUAAGGAUAUUUCUCCAAUCAAUCAAGAUUCAAUAUGUCAAACUUUAGACAUUGAUUAUAAUUUGAAGUUUUUUAAGUUUUUUAACAUUUUCCAAGCGCUACAAUAUACAACAAAGGCCAGUCGAGUAGAUAGUGAUAAUGAAAAGAUGAAGAUUAUUGAUGUGGGCAAUAGACGAGCGGCUAAGAAGAUGGUACAAGAAUACAUAAGAAAAAAAUUUGAAAAUCAAUAUGCAUCCGAUUUAGCAGUUAAGCGACGUUUAGAACGUACCGAAUCAGUUUCAUUAUUGGUUACGUCAAUUCUGCAAGCGAAUUCUCAUAGUGAUAUUGUCAAGUUGAUGCGAAACGGUAUCACAUAUGGAAAACUUCAUUUGACAAUUGAAAAUUCUUCGAGCUUAGGAUUUAUAGAAUUAAAGCAGAAACUGUUAGAUUUGAAUGAAAAUGUACCUAGACGAUUGGACAUACUCAAAGUUUUUCUUCUGGGAAGAGACGAUGAACUUAAUGAUGAACCUGUUUGGAAUAAUGGAAAUGUUCUGUUCACAACAGAACUCAGUGACUAUGAAAAUAUUUUUACUAAAUUAGGUCAAAAUGACGAAUGGAUCAAACUUAGAGCACAAUAUAUAAAACGAAGAUUAUAUAUCUAUCGAGAUGAAUUACUCAAUCGUCAUGGCCAUGGAAAUAUAAAGCCAUCAUAUUGGGCAUAUGGAUAUGCGACACUUCAGCUCUACAAAGAUAAUGUUUCGUUGGAUGAAUUCAAUAAAUAUUGUCAAAUCCAUAGCAAUUGCUGUGGUGUAUCUCAAAUUACUGGACUACUCAGAUAA